AUACAAACUGUCAUUGCGAAGGAGUAAUAUCUUAGCGUCAACUCGGUGCCAAAAAAAAAAUUAAAAAUACACUUUCGAGUCAACUUCCUUCUUUUCCGGGCUACAAAACAGUUUAGCUACAUAGCCUACGUCAUUUUUUUUAAUUUGCAAGCGUUGUCUUUCUGCAAAAUUGCCUGCAGUUAACUUUUUCUAACCUUGAAGUAGUGCAACCGAAACCAGCAAAAAGCCAAGAUGAAAGUUGUCGGAUCUACCUGCACACUCAACGGCAAAGUUGGCAGCGGGGAGGUGGUCCGUUGCCUCGCUGACCAGAGUCUGGCGAUUUCCAAGUGUAAAAUUCCGUUCCUGGACGAACAGAUGAGCGUUUUCCUUCAGGACAUGAACAGCUGUUACAGUAAAUUGAAAGAGUUGGUACCCACUCUGCCUGCCAACAAGAAGGCCAGCAAAAUGGAGAUCCUGCAGCACGUCAUUGACUACAUUUGGGACCUUCAGGUAGAGUUGGACGAGCCAGGCAUGAACCGUCAGCAGUCGACUAAUGGAGCAUCUCUCAGCCGCUCGCCACUGACUACCCUCAACACAGAGCUGGCAAGCAUCGCUGUUGAGAAUGGGUGUUCGGAUGAUCGAAUCCUGUGCCGCUAGAUCAAUACCAACAUGAAGAACAAACAAGGUUACUACGAGUGAAUUUCCAUCACUUCCCAAAACCUUGAACCAAGUAGGGACUUAGCAAGCCUCCCGUGAUAGCAGAAAGACUUUCGAGUGUGAUCUGUAAAGAGACUAAAGAGGAAAUGUCCCGUGAGGUGGCAGAAGAGCUCGACAAGUUUGUGUCAAACUCCGAAAGACUCCACGAUUGAUCAACGGUCACAAAUGUGGCAAUGUAUAGCGCCACAUCCAUCUCUGCUCUUGUUGCGUUGCAUCUGAUUCCACGAGAGACAUUCCAUUUAUUAUUUUUUUAUUUGUUUUUACUUGUUACAUUUGUAAUUCGCACGUAGGAGACUUUAUAUUUUGUUAAAGAAAUGUCAACUUCUCAGAUUGCUGAGUAAUAUUGUAUUGUAUAUUACAAUGCUUUACGACUUUGAGUCAUAUUGUUUUUUUACAAUGUAUCUAAAACAGUUUUUUAUUAAAAACAUGAAUGAAAA